AUGUCUACUACACCAUCGAAAUUGUUGCCAGUAGCAUCAGAUCGAUGGGCUGGUCUGUGUGGUGAAUUUAUAGAGAAACUGUUGAAUUUGGGUGUCGAAACUGGCGCCAUCAUCGCAACGAAGAAUCCCAACCGAGUUGACCUAAAGAAGGGACUUCUUAACGCCACUCGCGGGAGAUCGCUAACGCAUUUUGUAAGGUACCUAGGACCUACGGAGAAGCAGCACUUAAAGGCAAUGAUACACAUGGAAUGUCCAGUCAUCUGCCCAAACCGGAAGGUCAUGCUACCCCCGGUGGAAUCCAUGCCGAGUAAUGUCAUGAAAUCGGCAAAAAAACUGCGUAACUUCUUCGGAGUGCCCGAGGCCCAGAUAUGCCGUGGAUGCGUCAAACGUGUCAGAUGCAGGAGGUACCAACAAGUAGAGAGGGACCUUCCUGAUCUCAGUGACAUUACCGCCGUUCUCAUUGGAGUCUACUCCACUUGUAAAAUAUACAUGCAAGGCUCGGACCUAGUAGUACCACAAUCAUCACUUAAGGAGCUUUCGUCGGUCUCAUCUGUUGUGGAUUCACUGUCAUCUUUCCUUCAAGCGUCACCACAGCGCGUAGACCAUGAGCAAGUGGAUGGCGAAAAUGCAAAACGAUUGGUUCAAAAACAUGCAAAAUUGAAGGAGGCGAAACGGCUUGAGAUGUUGAAGGAAAAGGUUUUCAACAUGCCGGCGGGUUUCGGGGCGAUGCCUUCGGCUGAGACAUACAUGGCAAGCUUCCAACGAGAUCUGUACAACAAGCUGAACAAAAACAACGCCAAAGGAAAAGAAGACGAUUCCUUGUGGGUGGAGGAUCAUGGAGACACUACGCUAGACCAUGAUGAGGGUGCGGAUUUGCUUGAAGGGCUACACAAAUUGAAUGCGGCCAAAAAAGCUGUGACCCGAGUUACGCGGUUUCCAGAUGUUUCACUACCGGAGCACGUCCAUCAGUUGCAUCCAUCGUCUACACAUUUUAGGAUGGACUACGAAGCUCCAAUCGGGACCGACGUCGAUCUUUUGAGAUACGACAUGGUGAACGACAAGUUUAUCCAGGGUGUAAAAGUGAACGCUAAAGGAAGGGUAGUUGUGGACCUUGAUACCCAUGUACCGGCAACUGGGAGUGACGACACCGAUUUAGCGCCCGGUAUUGAAUCUUACCGUGCAGUCACGGCACAAAAGGCAGGUAACUAUUCGUCACUUUUGAACAACAUACGUUCCAAUCUCGUUGGCCUGCCUUUUUUGAAAAAAGUGCAGUACAACUACCAAUGUCAGAGCUCUGGUGGUAAGGAUAACCUGGGACGUGGUAGCAAUCAGGACGAAGAGUCGACGCUUUCAGAUCUUGCUGUGGCACUAAACUCGCAUGAAUCGUAA